CUUGAAUAGUAAUAUCAAGUUCGUCAUUAGAGAGUUAGUUACAAUAUGGCGCAAACUACACUUUGGUUUGUCAUUUGCGCUUUCUUUAUGAUGUCACGAAGCACUGUGAUGGCGUUGUCGUGUAACAAAAUUGACUCUUGCAAGUGCGAAAUGUCAGACGGUACAGGACAGAUAAAUCUAAAAGCACUGGGAACGCAAAGUGGAACGGAUUCGGCAUACAGCUUACCUGGGGGCGAUGGGUGGCUUUACAAAUAUAAUCCAUGUUAUCCAUUCUCAUGGGGAGGCAUGACCGGAUUAGCGGUGGUUCAGUCGACAAAAACGCUAAGUCAUGUUUACGACCUUGGAACACAAAAUUCAGCAUAUUUCAACACCACAGACACCGGAAAGGUCUCAAUCCAUUACACCGCUUUAGAUGCUCGGAGAAUGUCCCGAAUUCAGUUAAUCUGCGAUGCUGGCGUUAAUACACACGACUUGAGGUUUCUAGGAGAAUUGGUCAUAACCGAAUAUGAUUUCAUAUUAUCAUCUCCUUGCGCAUGCCCGGGCCUGUGUAACGAUGACGGAAUCAUAAAUCCAGUUAAUAACAAUACCGUCAACCAAGAUAGCGUUGACGUCAUAAUGCACGAUUCAUCUUAUGGGUCGUACAUGUGGAUCGAUGUAGGUGGGGCUAUGGUGGCUUUACUAUUUCACGAUAUUUUAUUAGUUAUGGUCAUAGUGUGCGUUGUUUUUGUUAUAAGAGCUACGGGUUGUUGCACGGAACCACAGAAAAAUGUUCCCGGAUUUGGACCCAGUGACGUCAUCAACCAAGUUCAGGGAAAAACAAAUAAUGGAAACGUCAAUUUCUCCGAUAUUUCAAGUGCUUGAUCAUAUUUUGAACUGAACUCUUUGAACUGAAAACUUUUAGAUACAAUUCAAAACAAAUUGUAUUUCAUGAAUAUAAACCAAACUUUUUUUUUGUGGUGUAAAGUACUCGUGUAUUUCCAUUCAGAAUGUACAGUAAAAUGUUAUUCAUUCCUGACAGACAAUGAAUAACAGAAUAUGGAGACUUAUCUGAAAUAUUUAA